CAAACUUUCUUGCUUCAUUUAACGGUCAUUAUUAUUCAAGGAAAGAAGCUAAAAUUUAUUCUGUUGGCAAAAUACAAAUGAAAAAAUAGAAGCCGCAAAAAAGUGAUAAGAAUUUUGUAUAAAACUGGUCUAAUUAAGUGGAUACAACAACUAUCGGUUGCUAGAUUCGUGGUACUUUUUUUUACGUAUGCUAAAGAAAAAUUCUUUCUUACGGCUUACGUCGUCAGUCUUACGAUUUACGCAAGUGGUAGAUAGUGUGUUGUUUUUGUCUAUAAAAACCCUUAAGCACGUCAUUUAAAACCAUAAUAAAAUAAAAUCCAUAGUUUUGUUUGAAAAAAAAAGUUUUAAAGAAAUAAGAAACAAAUAAAAAGUAUAUUUAAUACACCAUUACCGAUUAUUGUUCCUUACUUCUAUUUUAAACCAAGAAGUACAACAUUCAUUUUGUGUUCAAUUUAAACUGUUAGAAUUAUGAGAUUCUUUAAUAAAACUAUUGGCAUAAUUCUAACAUGUUUAAAUCUCAUAAUAUUGCACCUUGCUGGCUGUACGGCCGCACCACUAGACACAGUGGAGUCAACAAAAAGCCAACAGCAACCAACUGCCGAUAUGGUGAAUACACUUAAAUAUGAGAAUUCCAAUAUUGGUAUUGAUGGUUAUGAUUUUGCUUUUGAAACAAGCGAUGGUGUGUUGCGUAAGGAAACGGCCACUGUUAAGAAUAUCGGCACUCAGGAUGAGGCUAUUUCUGUGGAGGGUACCGUUAGUUGGGUUGGUCCCGAUGGUGUUCAGUAUACUUUGAAUUAUUUGGCCGAUGAAAAUGGUUUCCAACCCGAGGGUAAACAUUUACCGGUUGGUCCCGAAAGUUAAUUUAGUAAAAUGUUAUUUGUUAAUAUUAUAUUAUUUGUUACGUAUUGAAUUAUCUGUGAAUUUCUAGUCUGUAUUAUGUUGUUAUGUUGAACGAAAUAUAAAGAAAAUAUUUUUGUAAAGAA